AACGCACAAUUCCUGAGAAAACCGUUGUCACUCUGAAACUUCCGACUACAAAAGAGGAAUUAUUAGCAUUGCUACGUGAGGAAGAAAGGAGAAGGAUGUCACCUGAAUUACAAGAAUUAUAUCGCAAAGUUGGUAAUGAUCCUACAUGUGGCAAAGAUUGGAUGGAUAUCACUGAUCAGAUGCAACAUAAUUUGGUUCGAGAAUUUGGCUAUUCGGAUGAGGCUGUACAACUAAUGAGGCGUGCACCUCAACUUUAUCCAGAUGAUCCUGAAUUUCGUACCACUCAAGUAUAUGUCCGUAAUAAUAUCGCUCAUAUUGGAAACCUUAAAGAAGGAAUGCAAGCACCAGAUUGUCCUCUUAUUCCUCUGAAAUAUUCUGACACAACGGUCCCAAAUGUGUCCAUGGAAGCUUCAGAAAUGACA